CAGAGACACGGAGAAGAAGAAAAGGAGUGAGAGAGAGAAGGAGAGAAUGUCUGCUGAGAGGGUGGCUCUCGUUCCUCGUUCACAAACCGGCCCUCGCUGAGACACCAUGGGCUGUAUCGGCUCCCGCACCAUCACGGCGGAUGCAGUUCCCGUUCGGAAAGAUGGGGAGCAGCAGGGACGUGCCGAGUUUUCCUGGGAAGGAAUCAAUCUGUCCAUGGAGGACACCACCUCCAUUUUGCCCCGUCUGAAGCGGAACUCCAACGCUUAUGGGAUUGGAGCUCUGGCUAAGUCCUCUCUGACAGGUGUGUCAGGGGUUACCAGAUCAAUGAAGGACAAAGUGACUAAGCCCACUGCCAUGGCUCAGGGUCGCGUGGCCCACAUGAUUGAGUGGCAGAGCUGGGGCAAACCAUCCGCAGGGCCGGAGGGGGGAGCGGGACGCUCCAAUCUAAUCCGCGAGAGGGAGAGACGGCUUGAAAAUGAUGCUUAUAGUGACUUGAGUGAUGGAGAAAAAGAGGCACGGAUGGCUGCGGGUAUCAUGCAGCAGUUUGCCAUCUCUGAGGCCACACUUUUAGCCUGGAACUCACUGGAUGGAGAGAGUCUGUGUGCCGACUCGAACCAGGGCAGCGUGGCUCAUCUCAGCGAGGUCAACCAGGAGAGCAUCACUAGCAGAGACCAGCCGUUGCAUCACUCCUCUGCAGAAGUGUGGCCUCACACCUACGUCUCCCAGGGCCUUUACUGUCUCUCCUCCUCCGAUGCCUGGGAGCCAAUCAGCAAUGAGCCCUCGGGCGUGGCUUCUCCCGCCGCUGGCUCUUACAUCAUGGCGGGCGGGGCUUCGGGUGAGGGUUUUGAUGGCCACUAUCUGACACAGCAGCAAAUGACGCUGCAGCAGCAGAACCACUUCCAGCAGCUCCAACAGUAUCAGCAGUACCAGCAGCAGCAGCUCCUGCAGUAUCAACAGUCUUUGGAGCAUCGACUGCACAGCGCCUCCCAUUCUUUACAAGCCACGCCCAACAGCACUAUUCACAGUUUGGGUCCACCCACCCAUCCACGAUUGGCUGACCUGUGGGCGGCGGCUCAGGUGGAGCCCCAUCAGGUGGAGAUGAUGGGACACAUGGGGGUGACCAUGGCUGAAAUGGGAAUGGCAGAAGUGUACGGUGAGGAGCCUGUUUUAGAGACUGAAUGCAUCCCAGAGCAGCAAGAGGAGGAGGAAAUCAAGGAGGACGACAUAACGCUUACCCUUGAACCUGAACCGACCUCCAUCACCCCCGCUCUGACCCCUCCGCCCCAGCUCCAGAGAGAGAACUCCACCCCGCCUGCAGGCCUGAGCCCGGGACAAGCACCAGCAGAGCCAAUGGCUGAGCACAUCACCUACGAGGUCACAUCCUGCGUCGUCCAAUCGCUGGAGGAGAAGGAGGAAGAGGUGGAAGACGGGGCUGUGCUCGUUAUGGCGACCAACUGAUGGAGCGAGGAACAAAAAAACCCAAACUGUCUGUGAAAUAAUCAACCAGUUAAGCUAUUGUAUACGCCCUUUUACCCCAGAUGUGUACUCGUUCGGACUGUCACAUCAGGAUGUAUUUGUUAUUAAACGCUGAAGGAAUACGCUCUCAAAGCGCCGGGCGCAUAUAGAGACUAAACAUGGAAGAGCGUCAAAGUCCAGGAUGACGCAUCAUAUGUGCUGCUGCUGCAUCUGCUGUCUUAUGGUGGGAGCGCUGGAAUCCGAGGCCGCUUGCAAAUGAAGAGUGCAAUACUGAGAAAUCAAUACAACCAAAAGAAAGUGCAUGCAUUUUUUUUUUGGGGGAGGGGAGUAUUUAAGUGACUGAACAGUACCCACAUAGUAAUAAUACAUAUAUUGAUUUUUGUAAUAAAACUAAAAGCCAAUGAAACAUGAUGUAUUUGUAUGUAUAUAUUACAUGUAUGUACUGUAUGUAUGUAAGUUAGUAUGAAUGUAUGAAUGUAUGUGUCUUUAAAAGGUAUAUUCUGGAAAAAAAAAAGUUACGAAUUUGCCGUUUGCGUGAAGUGUCCCCUAUGUACCUCCACACACACACACACACACACACACACACACACACACACACACACAC